GGAGAACAGGAAGGCGACAACGAGAGAAACGAACAUUACCCGGUAAGGUCGGUACGGGACUGUAGGACAGGGGCUAAAUAAGGGUAUUGAGGUCCUAUUUAUCAAGAUGUCUAAAAUAGAGAAGAUGAGCAUCCUGGGUGUGAGGAGUUUCGGGGUAGAAGAUAAAGAUAAACAAGUUAUAACGUUCUUCACUCCGCUGACGAUAUUAGUAGGACCAAAUGGAGCAGGGAAAACUACUAUUAUUGAGUGUCUCAAGUAUAUUACAACAGGAGAUUUUCCACCUGGAUCAAAAAGGAAUACCUUUGUGCAUGAUCCUAAGGUUGCUCAUGAAACAGAUGUCAGAGCCCAGAUUCGCUUGCAGCUCCGGGAUGUGAAUGGAGAAAUUAUAGCUGUUCAGAGGUCCAUGGUGUGUACACAGAAGGGGAAAAAGACUGAAUUCAAAACACUGGAAGGAGUAAUUACAAGAAUGAAACAUGGUGAAAAAGUAAGCCUGAGUACAAAGUGUGCAGAAAUGGACAAAGAGAUGAUAAGUGCUUUAGGAGUGUCCACCGCUGUGCUCAACAAUGUUAUAUUCUGUCACCAGGAGGAUUCUAACUGGCCUCUAAGUGAAGGGAGGCAGCUGAAGAUAAAGUUUGAUGAGAUCUUUUCUGCCACCAGAUACAUUAAAGCCCUAGAGACUUUGAGGCAAGUGAGGUUGAAGCAGGCUCAACGUGUAAAAGAAUGUCAGGCAGAACUUAAAUAUCUUAAACAGAACAAGGAGAAAGCCCAGGAAAUCCGAGACAACCUCCACAGUAAAGAAACACAGCUAGCAGCUUCCAGAGAGAAUGUGAAGUCUAUUGAUAAUCAACUCGAACCUCUCAAGAGUCGUCUAUCGGACAUUCAGAGAAACCUUUCUAAAGUGAUGAAGUAUGACAAUGACAUCAAAUCUUUGGAAAGCAGGAAAAGAACUAUGGAAAAAGAUAAUCAGGACCUGGAAGAGAAAAUUGAGAAGGUCUUUCAAGGAAGUGAUGAAGAAUUAAAUGAGAUGUAUCAAAAUCACCAGAGAACCGUGAGAGAGAAGGAGCGAAAACUUAAUGACUACCAGCGUGAAAUUGAUAGAGCUGUUAAAGACUAUCAGAGAUUCAACCGAGAGAAAGGAGAACUGCUGGUGCAGCAAGGACGUCUGCAGAUGGAGGCUGACCAGCAUCAACAACAUAUCAGAACACGAGACUCUCUGAUAAAGUCCUUGGCAGCACAAUUGGAAUUUGAUGGAUUUGAGCGGAUGCCAUUUAACAACAGACAGACAUCUAGUUUCCAGAGGCUGAUCAAAGAGAGACAAGAAAAGGAUGAAGCAGAUUUGAAGCAAAUGAUGAAAGAAUUUUCAGAUAAGGAAACAAUGAAGCAGAGACAGAUAGAUGAAAUAAGAGACAGAAAGACCGGCCUUGAACGUACAAUUGAGCUCAAAAUAACUAUGCAAAGCAAAAAGCAAGCCGACCUAAAGAACAUUAAGUUAGAACUCCAGCAGCUUGAAGGCUCCUCAGACAGACUACAAGAUCUUGACGAGGAACUUAUAAAGACGGAACGUGAGCUGGAGAGUGUAGAGAAAAGUUGCAAUGUAGACGCCCUAAAAAGUGAAGUUAUGCAGCUGCAGAGUCAGAGAUGUGAGUUGGAUAGAACAAUCCGUAAGCUGGAUCAGGAAAUGGAGCAAAUGAACAUGCAUACAAUGACACGCACACAGAUGGAGAUGCUGAAGAAGGAUAAGGGUGAAAAAGAUGAACAUAUUCGAAAAAUAAAGUCUAGACACAGUGAUGAGUUAACUUCAUUGCUGGGGUAUUUUCCAAAUAAGAAGCAACUUGAAGAUUGGUUGUAUACAAAGCAUAAGGAUAUCAAUCAGACCCGGGACAAACUGGCCAGGCUAACCAAGGAGCUGGUUUCAGCUGAACAAAAUAAAAACCAUAUGGGCAAUGAACUGCGUAAAAAAGAAGAACAGUGUGCAUCUUAUGAAGAAAAGAUAUUUGAUGUUUGUGGUAGUCAAGACUUUGACAGUGAUUUGACACGUCUGCAAGACGAUAUAGAAAAAACUUCUAAACAGAGAGCAAUGUUGGCUGGAGCAACUGCAGUAUACACACAAUUCAUCACUCAACUGACUGAGGAGAAUCAGCCCUGCUGUCCAGUUUGCCAGAGAAUUUUUCCUUCAGAAGCAGAGCUGCAAGAUGUAAUUAAUGACAUGCAGUCCAAGCUCAGACUGGUCCCAGAUAAGCUGAAAACCACUGAAACAGAGUUAAAACGAAGAGAGAGAAGAAAGGAUGAAAUGAUGGAACUGAAACCGAUGAGACAAAUGCUUAGUGAUCUUAAAGAAAAAGACAUCCCUGAACUAAGGAACAAGCUUGCAGCAAUAAAUAGGGAAAUACAACGGCUGAAAAAUGAUGUGGAAGAACAGGAAACUCUCAUAGCAACAUUUAUGUCUGAAGAGGAGAGUGCCAAGGCCUGUUUACAGGACAUUUCUCUCAUGGAAAGAUAUCAGAUGGAGUUGAGAGAUGUAGAGAGGAAGAUAGCACAGCAUGCAACCAAACUGCAAGGAGUAGACCUCAGCCGCACCGUGCAACAAGUGAAUCAGGAGAAGCAAGAGAAACAGCAUAACUUGGAUAAUGUUUCCGGUAGAAUUGAGCUGUUACGUAAGCGAAUACAAGACCAACAAGAUCAAGUCCAACAGCUAAAGAGUUCCGCCAACGAACUAAGGGCAGAGAAACUUAAUAUUUCGAGUAAGCUCCAACGUCGACAACAACUGGAGGAUCAAAAUGUGGAACUCACUACUGAGCUGCAGUGUUUGGCAAGAGAGAUAAAGGAAGCAAAAGAGCAAGUUUUCCCAUUGGAAACGACCCUUGAAAAACUACAACUGGAGAGGAAGGAAAUAUUGGAGAGGAAAGACUCCAGCAACCGAGCAGCGCAAGAAAGGCUCAAUGACCUUAAGGAAAAAGUGAAAAAGAUCACCCUGUUUAUGAAAGAUAUUGAUAAAUAUAUAAAUGAUGGGAGAGAAGAAUUCAAAGAGCAAAAGGAUGCUGAACUACAGGACUUAAUUGCUCGACUGAAUGAUUGUGAGAAGCACAAAGAAAAAAUUAAUAAAGAGAUGAUCACUGUUAGACAGGAUAUAGACACACAAAAAAUACAGGAACGAUGUCUCCAAGACAAUCUGACUCUUAGAAAAAGAAUGGAAGAACUUAAGAAGGUUGAAGAGGAAAGAGAAAGACUAUUAACAGAGAUGGGACAAAUGAAUGCAAUGCAACUUAAAAAUGAAUAUCAAGAGCUGGAAAACAAAAUUGAAACCCUGAAAACAAGCCAUAGCCUGGCCCUUGGCCGACAGAAGGGGUAUGAAGAUGAAAUAAUGCGUUUUAAGAAGGAACUGCGUGAAUCACAGUACAAAGAUGCAGAAGAAAAGCAUAGAGAGAUGAUGAUUGUUAUGAGGACUACAGAGCUGGCCAAUAAAGACCUGGAUAUCUAUUACAAGACAUUAGAUCAAGCUAUAAUGAAGUUUCACAGCAUGAAAAUGGAAGAAAUCAAUAAAAUUAUUCGUGACCUCUGGCGCAGUACUUACAGAGGACAAGACAUAGAGUAUAUUGAGAUCAGAUCGGAUGCUGAUGAAACUGUGUCAGCUGCAGAUAAAAGAAGAACUUAUAACUAUAGGGUAGUAAUGAUAAAAGGAGAUGCAGCAUUGGACAUGAGAGGACGCUGUAGUGCAGGCCAGAAGGUUCUAGCUUCUCUCAUUAUUCGUUUGGCACUGGCAGAGACAUUUUGCCUGAACUGUGGAAUACUUGCUCUGGACGAGCCUACUACUAAUUUGGAUCGUGAAAAUAUAGAAUCUCUUGCCCACGCAUUGGUUGAAAUCAUUAAAAGUCGCUCCAGGCAACGAAAUUUCCAGCUUCUUGUGAUCACACAUGAUGAAGAUUUUGUAGAGCUGCUUGGACGCUCUGAAUAUGUUGAACAUUUCUAUAGGAUUAAAAAGAACAUGGACCAAUGUUCUGAGAUCAUUAAAUGCAGUGUCAGCUCCUUGGGAAAUUAUGUUUAUUAAAUAUGGCUCUUGUGGCACAUGUAAAAACGCAUUCUGCUAUGUUUUGACAUUUAUUUGAGGUUGUAUUUCAAAAUGUAAUUAAAAGUACUUUAAGUUUGCC